GUCACAUGGUUUAGCAACCGGCGCGCUGCGCGGAAGAGCGGUGUGUGUUCUCUGUCGUUUCCUAGGAAAUUGCUCUUUGUGUCAAUAUGGCCUCAGAUGACAUCUCUCAGUUGGCUGAUGCUCUUGCCAAGACUCACGUCGGGGAUGGAGAGCUGAGCUUUAAAGGCCUGGGACUGAAGCUGGACAACGCAGAAUCAGUGGGGGAGCUGGUCCGUGAGAUCGAGCAGUACCAGGGUCUGAGAGCUUUGCGCCUGGAGGGGAACACUGUGGGAGUGGAUGCAGCCCGGGCCAUUGCGAAGGCUCUGGAGUGUAAAGACCAGCUCCAGAGAUGUUACUGGAGUGAUAUGUUCACUGGCAGGUUGCGCUCUGAGAUCCCGACAGCCCUGAGGUGCUUGGGCAGUGCAUUAAUGCAUGCAGGGGCCAGGCUGACGGAGCUGGACCUGAGCGAUAAUGCCUUUGGACCAGAUGGUGUGAAGGGAAUCGAGCAGCUGCUGAAGAGCCCUUCCUGCCACACCUUGAGGGUGCUGAGGCUCAACAAUUGUGGCAUGGGGAUUGGAGGAGGAAAGAUCCUGGCUGAAGCUCUGAUUCAGUGCCACAGACAGUCAUCAGCGCUCGGAGCUCCACUCAAACUGAGAGUGUUCAUUGCAGGAAGGAACCGCCUGGAAAACGAAGGAGCCAGCGCCCUGGCUAAGGCCUUCCAGCUGAUCGGCAGCCUGGAAGAAGUUCACAUGCCUCAGAAUGGCAUCAACUACGCAGGUGUGAUGGCGUUGGCUUCAGCCAUGCGACACAACCCAGAGCUCCGCGUCCUCAACUUCAACGACAACACCUUCACCAAGAGGGGAACGCUGGCCAUGGCACAGGCUUUGAGGCACCUGAGGAACGUGCAGAUGAUCAACUUUGGAGACUGUCUGGUACGCUCAGAAGGAGCCAUCGCCCUCGCUGCUGUCCUCAGGGAGGGACUGCCAGUCCUCAAGGAGCUCAAUCUGUCAUUUGGCGAGAUCACAGAGGCAGCAGCUUUUGUGGUGGCUCAGGCUGUCAUGGACAAACCUUAUAUGGAUAAAGUGGAUCUGAACGGUAACUGUCUGGGAGAGGAGGGCUGUGAGGCUUUGAGGGAAACUAUGGAAAACAUGGACAAAGGAGACAUGCUGGGAUCACUCAGUGAUGAUGAGGGAGAGCCUGAUGACGAGGAUGAAGAAGGUGAUGACGACCACGAAAAUGAUGAUGAUGCUAGUGAUGACUGUAGUGAAGACGUUGAGGAGGACGGUGAAAUCGUAAAGGAAAAUGGAAUAACAAGAAAAGAUGACAGUCCUGAAAAACUUCAGAGCCCACCAGAGAUCAUGUCUUUCCUCAGCUGCCCCUCUGCAGACAGGCUCCUUCAGCUGGGAGACAUGAGGACAAACCUGCAGCAACAGGUAGAUGCAUCUGAUCCACACAAGGCUGCUGAUGUCCUUCUGAAAAUCACUUCUUUGUACAGUGAGGAACCAGAGACCAAGACUGCUGUCCUUGAAACAACUGAUGUUUUGUUGAAGAAGCUUCUCUCUGCCUCAGCCUUCCAGUCAUACUGUUUCCUCUCCACACUGCUGGUCAUGAUGGGACUCCUCAAGGGAGAGGUGAAGAUGAAAAAGGUGUCACUGGUGCCAGGUCAGCUGUUGUGUUUGGAGCACGCUGUCCAGCAGGAAUACUUCCCCAAGCACCACGCCUCACUGCUUCACACCUUCGUGUCCAAGCACACUGACGCUCUGGAGUCCUGCAGCAGUGCCAGCAAGAGACUGAGUUCCACUCUGGAGAAGAAGUGCCACGACUAACACUGAUCCCACCUACCAACCACUGCCAGUACCAACACUGGGACACACACUGUACUGACUGUAUCAUCUUCACCAACAAAACAAACAGGGAAGCUUUACACUUGAACAAAGGACGACCACUUAAUGUAUCUCCACUCUCCAUUUGUAUAUUUUAUGAAGGCAAAAACUGUCCAGAAUGUCUUAGUUUUUAUUUUUCUACGUAUGCUUGUGACUUAUAUUUUUAUAGAAAAUCUAGAAAUGCACAUCAGGUAUGGGUUAAUGUAUAAAAAAAACUGGAACUGAUUGUAACUUGGAGUGGAGCUAACAUUAGAAAAUGUCAAUGUGGCACCUUUUGCAACAUAUCACUUUGCAUUUAGAUAUAUAUAGUUUGAGAAUUCACUGUUAAACAAGAACAAAAGAAUGCAUCUACUUCAGACAUGGUCCACACACAGCUACAGGAAUAGGUUAACAGAUUUAGGUUGUUUCCAGGUCCUCAAAAAUUUGGAAGUUGUGUUGUAAUUUUUUUCAAAGAAUGGUAGAUACUCACACACAGCUACAGACUUGCUGUAUUUGUAGACCUGUAUCUCACAUACUUUGGUAUUUGCUGCUUUGCUGAGACAGAAAUGGAGAGGCCAAGACAAUUCAGAGGAAUCGUAUUUAACAAAAAAAAAAAAUGCAAUCUAUAAAACAAAAUGAAUUAGUCAAAAAUAAAAAGCUGGAAUUAUGGUUCCGUUUUCCUGACAGGAUGCGUUGCAUGCUGUCAGAGUUUUAGAACAGUCUGUCCAAUCACAAUCAUCACACCGCUGUUCAUCAGGUCCAGUCAAAUCGGGCUGCUGCUGUGUGCAUCAGACUGUGAGCAGGAAUGGGGCUGCAUACAGGAGCCCAUGAGCCUGAAUACACAGCGUGUGUGUGCGCGCAUCGCCGUGCACCGAGCCCAGUCAUAACACAGCAGAGCUCAGGGGACCACAAUCACUUUCACCUGAUGUGUCUUUUUUCCAUCCAUAAUCAGUCUUAAUAUAUAAAUGUGCUCUUAUAGGACUUUGUGCUGCACAACUUGGGUUGCUGUGUGUUACCUCAUAUAGCUGUAUAUGUGUUUGUGAUGUGAGGGAGCCUUUAAGGGAAAUGGAGUGAGAAUGGAUUACACUUUAAUGGCAUUUAGACAUUACACCAUAUGGACUGCAUUUAUAUUGUCGGGAGAAUUUUUGUUUACCUGAUAUGUUGAUAUGUACUGAAAGCCUCUCAGAAAUAUAACUAAUCUAACAAGCCUGA